CAAAACCCUAGCUUCCUUCUCCUGCUUCUUCUUCACUGCCAAAUUCAUUUCUCACGCAGUACUGGUCGUUCUUUUUAAUCCAAGGAAACGGAAAGAGAUGGACGUCAAUGGAGAUGCGGACGAGACUUCUCGAAGAAUCCAAGCGCGUUUCGUCACGAAGCUCGAUCCUCCUCUCAAAGCCCCUGCUACUUCCAUCGCCAUUCCCUCCAGUCUCACCCGCUUAGGCCUCUCCACCAUCGUCAACAAUCUUCUCCAAGCUGGAAAUCCUGAUUGGGAGCCCGAACCGUUCGAUUUUCUGAUCGAUGGAGAACUCGUUCGGAUGUCGCUCGAGCAGUUCCUUCUCGCCAAGGGCAUAUCGGCGGAGAAAGUAUUGGAAAUUGAAUACAUAAAAGCCGUGGUUCCUCGGAAAGAAGAACAACCUUCUUUACAUGAUGACUGGGUUAGUGCAGUUGAUGGUUCUAGUCCUCGGUUCAUUUUGACAGGAUGUUAUGAUAAUUUUGGAAGGGUGUGGAAAUCUGCUGGAGUGUGUACGCAUAUACUGGAAGGACAUAGUGGUGCAAUUACUUCUGUUAGUAUCGUCAAUCCAGAAGGGGAAGAAAGGGUUACCGUUGCCACUGCUUCAAAAGAUCAGACCGUAAGGCUGUGGAAGUUCAGUGCAGAAGAGCGUGUGAAGAAUCCUUUGAAGAUAAGGCCAUUCAAACUUUUGCGUGGACAUAAAGCAUCUGUUCAGAGUGUUUCUGCUCAGACUUCUGGUGACAUGGUUUGCUCAGGUGGUUGGGAUUGCACAAUUAGUUUGUGGGAGUCAAAUGAGACUAAUACAGAAGGUGACCUCGUGUCAGUUAAGAAGAAAAGGGUGAAUGAUCGAGCUGAGGAAUCUCAGUUGGAGGGUGAAGCUGUUUCGACACUAGUUGGCCACACACAAUGUGUGUCCUCUGUAAAGUGGUUACAACGUGAAACAAUCUACUCUGCAUCAAUGGACCAUUCAAUUAGAAGGUGGGAUGUUGAGACAAGCAAAGAUUUGCUGAACAUAAACUGUGGGAAAGCUCUCAACUGCAUUGAUAUUGGAGGUGAAAGUUCUACGCUGAUUGCUGCUGGUGGUUCUGACCCCAUUCUUCGGAUAUGGGACCCUCGAAAACCAGGAACUUCUGCUCCUGUCUUUCAAUUUUCAUCUCACACUUCUUGGAUUUCGGCUUGCAAGUGGCACAAUAAAUCAUGGUUCCAUUUGCUUUCUGCAUCCUACGACGGAAAACUUAUGCUGUGGGAUCUGAGAACUGCGUGGCCUCUAUCCGUCAUUGGUUCACAUGAAGACAAGGUACUUUGUGCUGACUGGUGGAAAGGCGACAGCAUUGUUAGUGGUGGAGUGGAUUCAAAGCUCUGCAUAUCUUCUGGAAUUUCCGUGUAGUGAUGUGGAAGUUAGGGAGAGAAAUUUUGAUAUUUAUAUUAUGAGUUUUAGUUUUAAGUUUCUUUUUUAUUUUUAUUUUUCCUGGUUAUAGAACUGACGAGCUCCUUUAGACGGCAAGAUUAUAGCUUCAUAAUUUAUGCGUCGCUCCGAGUGUUGUAUUUUAAGCAUUAAUGUUUGAGGUAAAGUUGCAAAGAAAUGUGCAUGUCGAAUUCUCUGUUUUUUUUUUAAUGGUAGAAUUCUCAAUU